GGUGAGCGACUGAGUCCUGUCUCAAAUGAUGGGAUGUGGAUUAAUACCGUCUGUGUUUAAUUAUUGAGACCGCUCUAAUUAUGAAAACUACUGCUAGAAAUUAAAUGGUACACACAAAUCUAGGUUUUUAUUUAAUCUUUUGCAUAUUUGGUAGAUUUGACAGUAACCAGUUCUUAUCGUACUGACUCUUAAAUUCUCGCUGAACCUCAUCUACAGCAAGUUACUGUAAUAGACCUUCAACAUGCUGACGAGACUUUUCCGAAUCCACGGCCAAUUCGUGGCCUCCCAUCCCUGGGAAGUAAUUGUGGCUACUGUGACCCUCACAAUCUGCAUGAUGUCUAUGAAUAUGUUUACUGGCAAUAACCAGAUAUGUGGCUGGAACUUUGACUGCCCGAAAUUGGAGGAGCAAAUUCUAAGCAGCGAUAUCAUCAUCCUGACAAUCACAAGAUGCAUUGCAAUAGUAUAUAUUUACUUUCAAUUCCAAAAUCUUCGGCAAUUAGGAUCCAAAUAUAUAUUGGGCAUUGCAGGACUUUUUACAAUUUUCUCCAGUUUUGUGUUCAGCACGGUUGUGAUUCACUUCCUGGACAAGGAGCUGACAGGCCUCAAUGAGGCAUUGCCAUUCUUUCUGCUAUUGAUUGACCUCUCCAAAGCAUGUGCUCUGGCCAAAUUCGCUUUGAGUUCAAACUCACAGGAUGAGGUGAGAGAGAAUAUUGCCAAAGGAAUGUCUGUCUUGGGGCCCACUUUUACUCUUGAUGCCCUUGUAGAGUGCCUGGUGAUUGGCGUUGGUACAAUGUCAGGUGUCCGUCAGCUUGAGAUUAUGUGCUGCUUUGGUUGCAUGUCUGUCCUGGCCAACUACUUUGUGUUCAUGACUUUCUUCCCUGCCUGUGUCUCUCUUGUGCUGGAGUUGUCCAGAGAGAGCAGAGAGGGACGGCCUAUCUGGCAGCUGAGUCACUUUGCUAGAGUUCUGGAGGAAGAAGAGGACAACAAGCCUAACCCUGUCACACAAAGGGUCAAAAUGAUUAUGUCUCUUGGCCUGGUUAUGGUUCACGCCCAUAGUCGGUGGAUUGCUGAUCCAGUGUCAAGUAACAGCACUCUUGAUAUUGCACAAGUUGGAGUGAGCCUGAAUGACAAUAUGCCCAAGAGGAUUGAGCCAGACAUGCCCCUGUGGCAUUUUUAUCUGUCCAGGAUGAUCAGUAUGGACAUCGAGCAGGUGAUCACAUUGGGCCUCGCUCUGUUUCUGGCCGUCAAGUACAUUUUCUUUGAGCAGGUGGAGAUGGAGUCUACUCUGUCCUUGAAAGUCCCUACUCCAGGCUCAAUGUUGGCUCAGAAAUGGUCUCCUGACCAGUGCUGCAGAAAGGAGUCUCCCUAUUCCAGCAAGCCUGAAAAAACCCCAACUCCCCCUCCUGUUGUUACCAAAGAGGAACGAGGUAUUCCUUCUUUCUUUUCUUUUUCAUUUUUGUGUUCAUUCCCUACAAAUCCAACAUGUUUUAUUGGAAUCUGUCUUUUCUCUCUUUCAGAUUUAGUGAUUCGACCCCUGCCUGCCACAAAAGAGCCUGAACAUAAAAGCACUUUCUUAGUGGGAGAAGAUGAAACUCAGGAAAACAGAGAGGUUUUGGAGUCUAUGAUCAACGUACCUGCUGAACCCAGACCUGUGGAAGACUGUCUUUCCAUUUUGAAAAACCCAGAUAUGGGGGCUCGGUACCUCAGUGAUGAAGAGGUGAUUGUGUUGGUAAACUCAAAGCACAUUCCUUCUUACAAACUGGAGGCCAUGAUGGAAACCCCUGAGAGGGGGGUAAUUAUCCGUAGAAAAAUGCUCAUGCCCAAACUCCCGGAGGCCUCAGCUCUCUCCUGCCUGCCCUAUAAAUACUACGACUACUCAAAGGUGAUUGGAACAUGUUGCGAGAAUGUUAUCGGUUACAUGCCAGUUCCUGUGGGCGUUGCUGGUCCACUGUUUUUGGACGGAAAGCAGUUUCAGGUCCCCAUGGCAACAACUGAAGGCUGCCUAGUUGCCAGCACAAAUAGAGGCUGCAGAGCUAUAGCUAUGGCCGGUGGUGCCAGUAGCCGUGUUCUUGCAGAUGGAAUGACCAGAGGGCCGGUGGUGCGUUUGCCUUCUGCGUGUCAUGCAGCUGAAGUCAAGGCCUGGCUGGAGAGCCCUGAGGGCUUCAAGUGCAUCAAAGAGGCCUUUGACCAGACUAGCAGGUUUGCACGACUAGAUAAGCUUUUGAUUGGUCUUGCAAGUCGCAACCUGUACAUUCGGUUCCAGUCCAGAACUGGAGAUGCAAUGGGGAUGAACAUGAUCUCAAAAGGCACAGAACAGGCUCUCGCCAGGGUAAAGGAGGAAUUUCCAGAUCUCCAAGUCUUGGCCGUUAGUGGAAACUAUUGCACUGAUAAGAAACCAGCCGCCAUAAACUGGAUUGAGGGCAGGGGCAAGUCUGUGGUGUGUGAAACCACCAUACCAGCCAAAGUUGUCAAAGAGGUUUUAAAGACGACAACUGCGGCUCUGGUAGAUGUAAACAUCAGUAAGAACUUGGUUGGAUCUGCUAUGGCCGGAAGCAUCGGGGGUUAUAAUGCUCAUGCUGCCAACAUCGUAACUGCUAUGUAUAUUGCAUGUGGACAGGACCCAGCUCAGACAGUGGGCAGCUCCAAUUGUAUGACUUUGAUGGAAGCCUCAGGCCCCACAGGAGAGGAUCUCUAUAUCAGCUGUACCAUGCCCUCCAUUGAGCUGGGCACUGUGGGAGGGGGCACUAACCUUUCUCCCCAGCAAGCUUGUUUACAGAUGUUAGGUGUUCUGGGUGCCUGCAAGGAGUGCCCGGGUGAGAAUGCCCGACAGCUUGCCAAGGUGGUGUGUGCUACUGUGCUUGCAGGGGAGCUCUCACUCAUGUCUGCACUUGCUGCUGGACACCUUGUUAAAAGUCACAUGACGCACAACAGAUCAAAAUUGAAUUUGCAAGAAGCUCCUGGAACAUGCACGAAGCAAGCAUCUUGAGACUGUUUGAAGAUGUAAAAGCACCAUAAAGCAAGAGGAUCUCCCCUUCAAGGGGCAAAUUAAUAUUAAUUUAGUUUAUUGUCCAGGACAACCAAGAAAUACAGAAUUAUGACUGUUCAUGGUUCCCCUGUUCUGCUAAAGAAGAACUUCAGGCAUGUUUUAAGGUGAAAUUGUUGAAAAUAAAAGACUGGAGCCAAGACCAGCUCUGUUCAAAAGUCAAGUAUUUUUUGGAGUAACAUUCCUGUUUAUUUUUUUUUUUUAAAGCCAAAUAUUGCAAAAGAGCAAACCUGAUCUUAGAGCUACGGCAAUACUUGCAUCUGACAUAACAUUGUAUAUCAUAAUCAGUGCAUUUCUUUACAUCUUUAAGGCCUGCUGGAAGUUAUAUAUUUUUCACCUCUAAUUAUUUAAUGAUGGCAAAGGAGAGUAUUUUUAUAUUUAUACAGCCAACUUGCUGGAAACAGCAACUAGAAACAGGGAAAAUGUAGUCUUCAUUGCACUUAUGAAAAUAAAUGGUUUAGGACAGUACCAAUACAGAGAGUUGUUUACAAUACUAUGAUUGGUACACAAGUAGAAUAUUACAGAACAAAAUUGCCAAAACAGCCCUAUGCAGUCAUCCCCAAGGUUCUUGUGUCAGAAUGAACAAUUGUAUUUUCCCAUGACACAGGAAUGAAUUGACAGUGACUUAUGUAACAUGUCUGAAAGGACUAAAUAUAUUUCAUAAAGGUGCUACGAUCUACCACGUCAUGUUUUAUUACACUUUUCAUUUAGAUAUUUCUUUUGUGUUGAAAGACCUGAGUUUAGGCAACAAUACACAACUUCAUGCAUUGUUCGGUUUUGCUGUUCAUGUCAUGGAAAAUAACUGAAUUCCUGUUUUUGUUUAGCCAUAAGGAAAUUGAAAGGACGCUAGCUAUAUUUAUCAAAGGCACAAUUCAAAUUAUUAGAUACAAAAUUAACAGCAAGUUUUGUACAAUAUAUAUAUUUUU